CAACUCUAGCAAAUUGUCGGCAGGAUAAUGUGGAAUACGAUUUGUUGUGCGGAUGUUAAAAGGUUUCGAGCUUAAAGAUAACUGAAAUUGUGACAAAAUAAAAAUAAAUGGAUGCCUGGUUGGCUGUGGCAACACUGUCAUUAAUGUCGAAAUAAGCAACAAUAGUUAUCGCACCCCUUAAAUAAAAUAAAUAAGCAAAGAAAAACAACAAAAAACAGAACGAACACAAUUCCUGCAUUUGUGCAAAGAAGCGGAAGAAGAAGAAAUUAUUCCACUGCAGGCUGCAAAUCAGGGCUGACAACUGCAACGGUCAAAAUUGCAACGCAGCCAGAGAAAGCAGAAGAAGCGAGUGAAAUGGAGCGACGUUAUUUGAAGAAUCCGUUUGCGGAUUUCUCCGGCGGCGAGAAUACGCCGUUUGCUAGUGACGAGGAGCAUAUUAAGACGCUGAUCUGUACGUAUGUGGAUGCGAUAUUGGAGCACUGUCAUCCCAAUAGCGAUGAGGAGGACAAUCGCGGUGAUCUAUAUGUGGGAAAUGCGGGUAUUGCCUAUAUGUUCUGGAAACUGCACAGCUGCGAGCAGACCCGUGAUCUCUAUCCGGCACUGGAGCACGCCGUAGCCUUUAUACGGAAUGCGAAAAUGAAUGCGAAACGUUAUAAGAAACGUUCCUCGGAACGUUAUUCGUUUUUGUGCGGAAAUGCCGGAAUUUAUGCCAUCUCCGCCGUAAUAUCCGAGUCUACACAGAAUACGGAGGAGCUAUCAAACGAUUUGGCCAGUUUCAAGUCGGGCAUACCCGCUAGCAAGGAGUUUAUGCAUACGAAAUACGGUUGCGAUGAGAUUUUGGUGGGACGUGCCGGUUAUUUAUCCGGUUGCUAUUGGUUAAACGAUGUUUUAGCCGAGAAGAAGAUUACGGAUGAUGAUCUCGUUUCAAUAUGUCAGCUGAUCAUGAACAGUGGCCGGGAAUAUAGUAAACUGAACAAUUCGCCAUUGCCAUUGAUGUACCAAUAUCAUGGUACGGAGUAUUUGGGUGCUGCUCACGGUUUGUGUGCUAUCUUACAUAUGCUCCUGGAUAGUCCCUGGUUCCGUACUGUACCCAUCUCUGCACCUGCCGCCGAAUUGCGUGAUAUUAAACGCUCCAUAGAUUACUUUUUGGAGCUGCAGGAUAAUGAGGGAAAUUUUCCAGUGGCCCUGGAGGAUUUACGCUCCGGACGGGAUAAACGGCUGGUGCAUUGGUGUCACGGUGCUCCCGGUGCAGUCUAUGUGCUGGCCAAGGCUUAUUUAAUUUUCAAAGAGGACAAAUAUUUAAAUGCCUUGCAUCGUGCAGCGGAUUUGGUGUGGAAAAAGGGUUUCUUGCGCAAAGGACCGGGUAUUUGUCAUGGCGUAGCCGGAAAUGGAUAUGUUUUUCUGUUGCUCUUCCGUUUAACGAACGAUAUGAAGUACCUGUACAGGGCACACAAAUUUAUGGAACUGCUGACGAAUCAGGAGUUCAAGCAGCGAGCUCGUGUACCCGAUCGUCCGCACAGUUUAUACGAAGGCGUUGCGGGCACCGUUUGUUUUCUGGUCGAUCUUUUGGAGCCGGAACAAGCGCAUUUUCCCUUUAUGGACGUAUUUCACUAGGAAAGUCACCAGUCGGUCUCAAUCAAACUCAUUCGCCUCAUUUUAUCAUCUAAAUAUCAGGGAAUUCUUACACAUUUUUACUAGUCAUUUAUUUUAAGCUUGUUUUUUAAUUAUCUUUUUUUUUUUAUUAAUUUUAAUUCUCAGCCAUUUCUGUUGUUCCCCCCUCAGAAAUCCACCUCUUCCCCCUUCAAUUUAAAUGUGUGCGUGGCGCCAAUCAUUCUCAUAUCAAAAUUCUCUGUGCUUUAAGCUAAGCAAUUAAAUAAUAUAUAUUAAAUUAAUACGCAUAUUUCAUAUAUAUAUAUAUAUAUAUAUAUAAAUUAUAUAUACAAUACUUAUACAACAUAUAUUUAUAUACAAAAUACUUACCACACACACACAUAAAUAUACUGUGCUUUAUACCUACGAGUAACUCCCAUUAAGAGCUCCAAAAUUAUAUUGUCAAUAAAGAUUAUUAUACUAUGAA